AUGUGGGUGACUGAGCGACUGCACUGGCGGAUUGGCAUUGCGACGGAUUGCGACGUCAUGUUCAAAACUGGACUUACAAUAGAGCGGAUGAUGUCCCCUGAAUGGGAGCAUGAGGGACAUUGCACAGCUGCCGUUGUCCAGGUCGAGGAGGCACAGAACCAGAUUCUGGACGUGGUAAAGGGGGUGGGGGGCCGAGGUCAGGCAGGACUUGAUGACCUUCAACUGCAACGUUUCGAGGAGGCCGUUCAGGUCCUUGAGGCCAGUAGGGGCAUUGAGGCCCCAACUGCAGACUCAUCGCUGAUCGGUCGCUGGCGGCUCCUCUUCACGACGACCCCCGGCACUGAGUCGCCCGUGCAGCGCACAUUUACUGGCGUGGACGCCUUCCAGGUCUUCCAGGACAUCGUGCAGGGAGACGAUGGCAUAGGCGUCCGGAAUGUUGUCAAAUUUGGGGAGAAGAUUGGGGCCCUGCGAGUGGAGGCAGCCUCCAGCACUGACUCACAGCCUAUUCCUGGUUUCGUGCCCAGGCAGGGGGAGGGCAUUCCCCUCCUUGGCAAGAGCAUUACUGACAAGCCAGCUGAAAGGAAGGACAUGAGGAUUGACUUCCAAUUUGACCGUGCUGGGUUCAAGUUUCGAUGGCCCGUGUCUUUGUCGAUCCCAUACCCUGUGCCGUUCAGAAUCUUGGGUGAUGAACGCAAGGGCUGGCUGGAUGUCACAUACCUGUCUCCUGAUGGGACGCUGAGAUUGUGUCGAGGCAACAAGGGUACCCUUUUCGUUCUCACAAAGGUGGACAGGUCGGCCAAGGAGGCACUGCUAGAUGCCAUCAACGAAGGGGCGCGUGAUGACGAAGUAUUGAAGCUCAUCAACGAGUUGGCAAAGGAAAAUCCGACUCCAGCAGCUGCAAGGAGCCCCUUAGCGGAAGGCAAGUGGAUCACUAUCUUUAACAAGCAGGAAGAGGACGCCAACCCACUGGCCCGCCUGUCGGGAGUGUUGUCCCAAUACCAAGAGGUGGGUGCCGCCGCCGGCCCUGGCGGCUUGGACAAUGUUGUGAUAUUUGUGCCGCUUCUGCUGUCGCUGCGUGCAAAGGGCCGGUGCAGAGUGGCGGGGGACGAGCGAUGCGUGGUGAACAUCGAUUCGAUCGUCGUGGAGAUCCCAGGCAAAGAGUUCAAUGUGGACAUUCCCAACGACGGCUCCGGCUUUGUGGACUACCUGUACCUGGACGAAGACCUCAGGAUCGUCAAGGGCAACAGGGGUGGCUACUACGUGGGUGUCAAGGAAGCGCCUCGGAAAGGGUUCCUUCCAUGGUGA